UACCAGUCCAGCAAACGACGGCGAAUUCUUCCUCUCACCUUCUCCCGCUCCGCCGUCGGUAGAAGCAGCUCUCCCACUCUCUUCUUGCCACUGCCACUUUUCCUAAGACGGCCGAAUCGCUUUUCAUCAGAGGGUCACAGUCUGAAGGAAAUUAUCUACUCACGGAGGGCCAAGAAACUCGGUACAUUUGUUCUGAUUUGGGGUUUAUUCCUGUUCUUGGUGCUAUUCAGGUUUCAAUUCCAAGUUCGCAUCUUUGACGGUUGGUUGCUUCUGAAAAUUGAUUUCGAGAACCGCUGGGUUCCGUUAUUGGAUGCUGGUAGUUCUCUCUAUUGCUACUCUACUUGGAAUGAGGAAGACGAUGAUCCAUAGAAACUGGUCCAGAUUUCAUCGGCCAAGAACAGCGUGUAUGACUGAUUUUACUUGUUCCACUGCUGCUUUAGCACCAUCGCCUUACUCAUCUUGCUCUGGAUGGAAUCCAACUACUCCUGGUACGUCAAAUUCUGCUACUUUCAUCAACGUCGAUGAUGCCUUGGCUUCUUUUGAAUUGAUGGUCAGCAUGAAUCCCAAGCCUUCCAUUUGGAGAUUUGGUCAGGUAUUGUCCUAUCUUCUGAAAAUGAACGUCCCCCAUACUGCCUUCUCUGUAUCUAGAUCAAUGGAAUUGGCUGGAAUUCCACACAAUGAGUACACACUCGACAUGUUGAUUAAUUGCUUGUGUAAAUUAGGCCGUGCGGAUGUUGGAUUUUCAGUUUUGGGUAAAGCUUUUAAAUUUGGAGUUCAACCUGAUGUUGUGACCUUUGGUACAUUGAUUAAUGGGCUCUCUAAAGAUGGGAAACUUGCUGAAGCUGUGAAGUUGGUUGAUAAAAUUAGGAUGUUGGGAUAUCAACCUGAGGUGUUUAUGUAUACCCCAAUCAUCAAUGGACUAUGCAAAGCAGGACAAGCAAAUGCGGGUUUUGAAUUGCUCGAGAAAAUGGAAGAUUUAGGUUGUCAACCUAACGUUGCUAAUUAUAGCACAAUCAUUGACAGCUUCUGUAAGGAUGGGUUGCUAUGCAAAGCCUUAGAUGUGUUUUCUCGAAUGAAGGGAAGAAAAGUUUCGCCAAAUGUGGUCACUUAUAGUUGUUUGAUUCAUGGUCUAUGUAUCUCAAGCCAAGAGAAUGAAGCUAUGAAGUUGUUGGAUGAAAUGAUUGAAAAGAACAUCAUGCCGGACGCAUAUACCUUCAACAUACUGGUCGAUGCUUUUUGUAAGAAACGAAAUGUGUUGGAGGCUAAAGUUGUAGUCAAAAGGAUGAUUCAAAGAUGCUUGCUUCCAAAUGUGGUGACUUAUAGUUGUUUGAUUCAUGGUCUAUGUAUCUCGAGCCAAGAGAAUGAAGCUAUGAUGUUGUUGGAUGAAAUGAUAGAAAAGAACGUCAUGCCUAACUUAUAUACCUUCAACAUACUGGUCGACGCUUUUUGUAAGAAAGGAAAUGUGUUGGAGGCUAAAGCGUUAGUCAAAAGGAUGAUUCAAAGAGGCUUGCUUCCAGAUGUGGUGACUUAUAAUUGUUUGAUUCACGGUCUAUGUAUCUCGAGCAAAGAGAAUGAAGCUAUCAAGCUGUUGGAUGAAAUGAUAGAAAAGAAGGUCAUGCCGGACGCAUAUCCCUUCACCAUACUGGUCGACGUUUUUUGUAAGAAACGAAAUGUGUUGGAGGCUAAAGUUGUAGUCAAAAGGAUGAUUCAAAGAGGCUUGCUUCCAAAUGUGGUGACUUAUAGUUGUUUGAUUCAUGGUCUAUGUAUCUCGAGCCAAGAGAAUGAAGCUAUGAUGUUGUUGGAUGAAAUGAUAGAAAAGAACGUCAUGCCUAACUUAUAUACCUUCAACAUACUGGUCGACGCUUUUUGUAAGAAAGGAAAUGUGUUGGAGGCUAAAGCGUUAGUCAAAAGGAUGAUUCAAAGAGGCUUGCUUCCAGAUGUGGUGACUUAUAAUUGUUUGAUUCACGGUCUAUGUAUCUCGAGCAAAGAGAAUGAAGCUAUCAAGCUGUUGGAUGAAAUGAUAGAAAAGAAGGUCAUGCCGGACGCAUAUCCCUUCACCAUACUGGUCGACGUUUUUUGUAAGAAAGGAAAUGUGUUGGAGGCUAAAGUUGUAGUCAAAAGGAUGAUUCAAAGAGGCCUGCUUCCAAAUAAUAUCACAUACAAUUCAUUGAUGAAUGGGUAUCGCAUGCGGAACGAAGUAGACAAGGCGCGGCGGGUAUUUGAUUGUAUGGUUCUCACGGGAUGCAAGCCUGACGUUUACAGCUAUAGCAUCAUGAUUGAUGGAUAUUGCAAAAGUAAAAGGAUGGAGGAAGCCGAGCAGUUAUUUAAUGAUAUGCUUGGGAAGGAUGUGUCUCCCGACACUAUUACAUAUAAUACUCUCAUGAAUGGAUAUUGCCAUGCAGGAAGGCUUGAAGAUGCACAAGAGCUUCUCAAGAAAAUGUGCAGUCGAGGUUUCUCCCCGGACGUUGUGAUAUAUAAGACUUUGCUUAUUAAUUUGUGCAACCGAGGCUUUCUAGACGAAGCAUUGACUCUAUUUCAAGCAAUCAAAAGUAAUCGGUUGAAGCCCGAUCUUCAUAUGUAUAACGUUCUUAUUACUGGUUUGUUUGAAGCAGGGAGGGUUAAUGAAGCAAGGGAAAUGUUUUCUACCCUCGGUGAAGGUGACUACUUAAAGCCGAAUACCCGCACAUAUAACAUAGUAAUCAAUGGACUUUGUAGGCAUGGUUUGGUAGAUGACGCAUACAAUUUGUUUAGAACAAUGGAGGGGGUUGCUUGUCCACCAAACUGCAAGUCUUAUAACAUGAUUAUCCAUGGAUUCCUUCAGCAUAAAGGUCCACUUGAAGCUGGGGAUCUUAUCCAAGAAAUGUUGUCCAAGGGUUUCAAAGCUGAUACAACCACAAUGUCCUUGUUGAUGGAUUUAACGUCGAAAAAUAAACUGAAUCAUCCAGUUGUCAGAAAGCUGCUUGGUGAUUCUGGAAUGGCUUGUGAGGAGGUUAGGCCGAAGGGUUUAUCAGCAGAGAGAAACAUCACCCCAGAAGCUUGUUAGAAUUGUUGCUCGAAACACCAAGUUUGGAUCUUCCUGGUAGUACAUUGUGCAUGGUUAAUUAUGUCUUUCAGCUGACAACAUCUGCGGAAGGUAUAAGCUUCCACUCCUUUGUUGUCACUGCCUCUCUUUUUGUUAGUGUGUGUUUGUAUUGUUCUACCAAUCCUUCUGGUUGCUUUGCGUGCUUAGUGGUAGGAAAGUCUUUGGUUCUAAAGAUUUUUUUCCCAAUUGUGGACUUCCUGCACUUGGUCUACUAACAAUUCAAAGUGUUUUUUGCAGCAAGGCAGGCAGAAGGGGGAAAAAAGGGAAGAACAAUGAUCUUAGUUUAGUCAAAUAUUUGGCUUCUUCUCCAUGAUGUCAUUUGUUUGCAGUUGGCUUUUUGGGAUUGUACAAAUGUUUGUUGCCAAAGGGACAAGAAGAAAAGUGUGUUCUUUAUUGGAUUAGAUUAAGAUAAGUAGGAAAUUGUACCCAGAGUUCCAAUUUUAGGUUGGACUUGUUUGGAGUUGCAGUUAUUGUAAUUUAUCUGGCUGCAGUAUUACUUUGGAGAGCUUGAGAGCUUUAAGAUUGGUCUAUGAUAUCCUAUUUCCACUUCGCUGCACUAUUGGAGAAAAAUCUUGCAGCAAAUAUCUGGUUUGUCCAAUUUCAUAAUUUUUGUGUAUUGUUUGGUUCAGGAUGUUAUAGAUAAAAAAAAUUGAUGAGAAUGUUUCAUAAUUUUUGUGUAUUGUUUGGUUCAGGAUGUUAUAGAUAAAAAAAAAUUGAUGAGAAUGUUUAUUAUGUACAAAGUUCAGACUUUACAAAUAUAUUAACCCAAUUAAAACACACAAAUUGUUUAAAUACAUUACAUUAGCUUUG